GACAACUACUAGAUAAGAAACAUUAAAAUUCACUCGCAGUUAAAUUGUAAUAGAGCAAGGUUUAUUUGAUAAGAAAGGAAAUCAUACAAGACUAAAAUGAGCUAACAGGAAAUGCAAGAUGAAUAGUCGUGACCGAUCCAGACUAUAUGAACAUACAGAAGGACAUUCCUCCGUGCAAAGAUGGACUGGUGGACAACAGGAUGACCAAAGGCCUAUCUGGACUGGUCAGUUUGAUGAUCAGAGACAUGCAAGGGAUUAUUAUGAAAAUGAGCCUGGAGCAUUUGUUAAUGGUGCUCUUCAGAUAGAACACCUGAAUGGAAAUGGACAUGAGCCCAAUUAUCAUCGUGAAGACAAAUAUGUGAACUCAGACUGGCACCAAGAGCAGAACGUUCCCCAAUAUAACAGGGGACAGAAGGAUAAUGGCAAUCAAGACUGGUAUGAAAUGGAUGAUCUCGAAAAGAGACAGAGGGGAGAUGUUGGUCAGAGGAGGAGGCCUUAUUCUGAUGACCAUAAUGGGCCAAUGUAUAGGAACUCUGUAGAAGCCAAAUCUGCAGAGGAAGACCACUACUACAACACCCAUGUUCAAGGCUUGGACAAUCAUGACAUGCAAAUGCAGAGACAAAUAGACAUCCAUGCAAGAGAAUAUGAUGGUGUAAGUGGAAACAGGCAAAGGGGCCAAAACAACAAUGAACAAAGAGCUUCAUAUGAUGACUAUUAUAAUACAGAAGAGGAUACAUCUAAUGUUAGGUAUAGGAAAGGUGAAAGAAGACAAAAUCUUGGAGAAAAUGAGUAUGACACUAGACACACACACUAUCUGCCCAGGAGUGAUGGAUAUGAAAGAUCCAGAACUGAGCAUACAGAGGGGAUGUAUGAAGCUUCUGAUGAUGUACAACCUCAUAGAACACCUAGAAGUCGAGGCCACGGAUUUGAUAACCAAGGAUUUGAACAGGAUGAAGACUUUGAAGAAGAGAAAGAGAAGAGGGCUAUCAUGAGGAGAGUCAACAGAUCCAUGAGGUACAAGUCCUCAAAAAGGAGGAGAACAAGACGGUUUCAGGACAAUGACGACCACAAUAACAGGCUUUCAUUUGCUGAUGGCUUCAAAACCCUAAUACGGAAAAAGAAUUCAAUUCAUCAUGACUCUCGUUCUCCAUUUGAUGGGGCUAGGAGUUCCAUAAUGGGAAGUGGCAUAUACAGCAAUUCUGUUGAUAGUGACUCAAAGCUUCCUAGCAACAGAAAUGUUAAGAAAACAAAAAGCCUGAAGUACAGACUGCAGCAUUUAAAGCGAGAAAAAGGUGAAUUGAAAACAGAAGAUAGAGCAGAUGCACUGCGUACCAUAAACAGGGACCAAAUUGUUUCUCAUGAGUCAUCUUCACUGGAAGGCUGGGAAAUGAGAAAAUACCAAAUUGCCAUGAGUUUUUUACACUUUAAAAACUGGGUGAAGAGUUGGUUGUAUCAGUUGGAGCUGUGGGCCGGAGCCUUCAAGAUCAUCGAGGGUCACUUUGGGCAGGCAACAGUGUCGUAUUUCCGAUUCUUGCGCUGGCUGUUGUUUCUCAACCUGUUCCUAACCAUCUUCAUGAUCACUGUGGUUCUCAUGCCCUUUCUCCUGCUCCCCACCGCCUCGGGAGACAACUUAUUCAAGGCCUCUGUCAAUGAGUGCACUUCGCUCUACCACUACGAGGCUGUGUAUUUCAGUGGGAACUACACAGACUUUGUGGAAGAAUCCAUUGAUUCAGGCUUUACCUCUCAGUCUGUACUUGACAUCCUCCAAGGAACUGGUUGGCUGGAGAACACAGUGCUGUUCUAUGGAGGGUAUUUCAACCGGACAAGCAGACUUCCCAUCGGUGAUUCCUUCACCUAUGACAUGUCCUUGGCCUACCUUUGUGCUGUAGGGGUUGGCUACAUCCUCAGCUUUAUCCUACUUGUUAAGAAUUCAGCAAAAGGCAUGAAACAGAGCGUGUUGACGUCGGUCAGUGGCAGUGGUGUGAACAUGUACUGUGACAAAGUGUUUGGGGCCUGGGACUUCUGUAUCUCACAGCAGAAAACUGCACAACUCAAACACAAGAGCAUCAGACAAGAAAUCAUGAAUGAACUGGAGUACCAGAGGCUACAGUGGAAGAAGGACAGCCGGACCACUAGAGAGAAACUGAAGCUCUACACCAUACGAUUCCUUGUCAAUGUCCUUGUUAUUGCCAUUCUGUCAGGGGCUCUUUAUCUGAUAUACUUCACCAACCAGAAACUUGUAGAGCUGCAGCACAAAGGUGACCUUGACAGUAGUGUUCUUCUUAUUGUCCAGUAUCUGCCGUCCAUUACAAUCACUCUGCUCAGCGUGAUUGUCCCCAUCAUCUUCAACAAACUGGUUAUUGCUGAGGACUAUAUGCCGGCCUUUGCAAUCAGGAUCACACUCAUACGAACGGUGCUGCUACGUCUCUCCUCUUUGGCCAUGUUAGUGUUCUCCUUGUAUGGUAACCUGAGUGGCAAAAAACCUGAUGCAGACAUCUCUGACCAGUAUAAUGCAACCUGUCUCCACCAAACUGAUGACAUCCUGAACCCUGUCAAUGUCUCGCCAGUGUUAAACACUGAGUUUGCAUGUUGGGAGACAUAUGUAGGACAGCAGAUCUACAAACUGGUCUUCCUCAACUUCAUUGUGGUUAUUGCGGUCACCUUUGCCUGGGAGUUCCCUAGAAAGUUGCUGGUGACACGGUUCAGCACAGUGAAGCUAUUUACUCUACUGGGUCAGCAACAAUUUGACCUCUCUAAGUGUGUCCUUGACCUUGUCUACCUACAGACACUCUGCUGGAUUGGGAUGUUUUUCAGCCCUAUUAUUCCAGCCAUGUGUCUUGCCACCUGCUUUGUAUUCUUUUAUGUCAAAAAGGGUUCAUUGCUGCAGAACUGCCUGCCGGUACAACAGUAUGGCACAUCCAAGUCCAACUCCCUGUUCAUGAUGGUGCUCCUACUCUCCUUUAUCCUGGCACUCGCUCCUAUCUCCUACAUGGUUGGCAAAAUAUCUCCUUCAAAGGGUUGUGGACCUUUCCGUGUUUUUGCCUACGAGAACUACAUCAUGUUUGAUGUGGUGACCAACAUGGUGGACCGCUGGCCAACAGAGGCUCGGGAAGUGUUCUUUUUCAUGAGUACACCAGGGUUUAUGGCCAUUGCGGGCAUUCUGCUAUGCAUGCUCAUGUACUACUACUGGAUUGUUGGCCAGGCGCACGAAAACAUGUCUAAAACACUGAAGGAACAGCUCAAAAUUGAAGGGCAGGACAAACAGUUCCUUGUUGCUCGACUGCAUGAGACCUUCGAGUACAGUGCAGUGCAGUGAACAUCACAUGGCUCAAUGAGCUUUUUAUGGUGUAGCGGACUUUUUCUUUACUUUCUGCAAACACAUGACUGGUUCUCUUAAAAGCAAUUAAAUGGAACAGAUCAUAAAUAUUUAUAAAAAAGAAAUUAAAUUCAGGUUGUUGUUAAGUGUUAUUGUUGUUAUAUAUCAAACUAUUUUUUUGGCAACCGUGUUGUGAAAACUGAAAUUUUAUGAUUUUUUGAGCGAGAAAGAGAAUUGCACUGCAAUCAGGGGCUGUAUUCAAAGGCAUAUAUUAUAAGGUGGUGAUCUUGCUUAUUUUCAGUUUAUUUUUGUACAAACAUAAUAUUUUUUUAAAUUUAACUUAGAAAAAUAGCAAUUUAAUUUACUCUAAGUUAAACAUUUUACGAUAAAGAUUUCAGAUAUUAUAUCAUUUGUUCAGUUAGAUACUUCACUUAAAGGAAAAUGACAGCAGAUAGGAAAUGACUUAAGAUGAUUUAUGACUACCUGAGCCCAUAUAUAAAUCAGUAUUAUAUAAUUGCUUUUUAGCAUGUCUGUUUCACUAAGAUUUCUUCAGGUAUUUUGAUAUUCAUCUGCGCCCAAUCAGUUUAAACUUGGUCAUUGCCCAAAACUUGCUAAAAAUAUUAAAAUAAAUACAUGUACUCAGAGACAAAAGGCACACAUGUAGAAAGUCCCUUAACUCUGUUAAUCUGGCUUUAAUAAUUGUAAAGUUAUGCUCCUUUUCCACUAAAGAAUGACAUUAGAUGAAUACUGGCUUACCCUUGUUGUUGUUUUGUUUAGUGUUGAAUUGUUGAAACUGUUUUGUUUCAUUGUUAUAUCAACCUGUUAUGUCUAAUUGUUAAAUAAUUAUUGCAAGUGAUAAAGUUUACCAUUAUAAUUUAUCUGUACAUACACCAUUGUUUUAACAUUAAGUGAUGUUUUAUUUUAUGCCUAGCAUAAAAUGCAUUUGUUUAGAUUAUCCUGAGUACAGUCUUUCAUUAUGUGUAUUUUAUUGUUUUGUUUAUGUAAAUCAUUUUAAUUGGGUAUUAUUAACUGGAUGGUGCUUCACUUUUUUUUGCUGUUUAGUCAGAAUAAUCAAUAUUUUAUCAUUUAUUAUAAUAGGCAUUUAAUUCAGGUAUUUAGCUGAUUUCUGUAUAGAACCCCUUGGUCCAAUUGGAAAUAAUUAAUGUGUAUCAUUUGUUUUUAGUAUGAUAUUGUGAAAAUUAUAAUAUUUCUCUGGAACAAUGUACGAGAAUAGAAGCUAUAUAUAUAGGUGUAAUAUAACUUUUGUUUAUUUCUGAAUAUGGCCUAAUGAUUAAAAAUC